UUGGGUUGCAACUUUUUCUCAUGUUUAUGACUACUAACCUAUCAGUUAGUAACAAGGGUUCAUUAUAAGUAAUGCGUUUUUUGUAAGCGUUUGUAUCAUUUUUAAUGAUAACAUCAAUUUAAUGUUUGAUAAAUAAUUUAUUUUUUAAUGAUAAUUGUAAUUUGUAGAUCAUUUUUCGUUAAUUUUUACAUUCUAAUCUUUGUACUUAUUAAUAUUAAUCGUCAUGUUCCAAUGUAUAAACCAGAAUUACUAUAAUUACUAUUAAGGAUAUAAACUAAGAGUGAUUAAUAGAUGUAUUGUUUAGGUUAAAAUAGCAUAUUGUACUUUUAUUUUGAUUGAAAAGUGUAGGAUUUAUUAGAAAUGUCGGCAGGUAGACCUAUUAAAUGUGUUGUUGUUGGAGAUGGCACAGUUGGAAAAACGUGUAUGUUAAUAUCUUAUACAACUGAUAGUUUUCCUGGAGAGUAUGUUCCAACUGUAUUUGAUAAUUAUUCUGCACCAAUGGUGGUUGAUAGCAUUCCUGUUAGUCUUGGACUUUGGGAUACAGCUGGUCAAGAAGAUUAUGAUAGGCUUAGACCACUCUCUUACCCACAGACAGAUGUAUUUCUAGUAUGUUUUAGUGUUGCAAGUCCAUCAUCAUUUGAAAAUGUAGUUUCUAAGUGGUAUCCUGAAAUUAAACACCAUUGUCCAGAUGCACCCAUGAUUUUAGUCGGAACAAAAAUAGAUUUAAGAGAAGAUAAAGAAACAUUAAAUAUUUUAUCUGAGCAAGGACUGUCUCCUAUUAAACGUGAACAGGGUCAGAAACUGGCAAAUAAAAUCAGAGCUGUAAAAUAUUUAGAAUGUUCUGCAUUAACACAAAGAGGUUUAAAAUUGGUUUUUGAUGAAGCAGUAAGAGCUGUUUUACGGCCAGUUCCACUUAAACACCAACAAAGAAAAUGUGUUAUUGCUUAGUGAAUUAGACUGAAAAAAGCUGCAGAACUCUUUGUAUAUAAAUUAAUAAGAGGGUUGUUUAUAUACAAAUUCUUCAUAUUCAUAAUUUUAAUCCACAUACUCUCAUAUUCAUGUUACGUAGUAUACACAUCAACUCUAUAAACAAUAUUUAAUAUUUAUUUAAUAUAGUUAAGUUAUUUACCAAAGAUCUGUUGAAAAUGAGUAGCCUUAAAAAUUAUUUAAGUUUUGGUUGUCAUGCAUAACUAAAAUGUAUAGUACAAAAAUGUACAGUCUUCCGAGGCUUAAAUCUGCAGUGCCUUUUUAUGAGUAACUUUUUAUUUAUUUUAUUAAUAUUAGCACUAAUAAUAUUAGUUUUUAUAGUUGGUUUUUUUAUUUUUAUUUCAGUGUAUUUUUUGCUCAAAACUAAUUUUACAUAAGAAAACUACAUGAAUCUAUAUAUAUAUAUAUAAAUAUAUAUUAUUUCUUUUAUAUCUAGUCAUGCAAAAUUGUAAUUAGUAAAAUGAAGCAGCUAAGGUUUGUGAAUUAUUUGGCUAGCUGAUGACAUAUGUUAUACAUUUAUGUAAGAUAAAUAUCUUUGACAUGAUUUGUAUUUACAACUAUUAAAAUUAUUGAAUACAUUAAUUUUUUUUUAAUUCAA